UAAACACAGGUUUAUAUGUAUUAUGGUGUAACUAAAUAUAUUAAAAUAGAGGCUGAUUAACAUUCCAAACAUGAUGUACGAUUUAAGGGGCUCUUAUUCUGCACCACAUGAGAGUGAUUCUUCAAUUAGAAAUAGGCACAAUCGGCCUUUAAAUGGGCAAAAACGCCAGAGCAGCAGAGAGCUCGGCGGCAGAUGGCUGCCGAAGGCCUCUCUGCCCGCCGACAGGGAAGUCGGCUUUCAACAGCCCAGGAGGGCAGACGUGCCUCUCGGAGUCGGUAUUCAGCAGCCCAAGAGGGUAGACGUGCCUCUGAGAGUCGGUUUUAAACAGCGCAGGAGGACAGACGAACCUCCGGGAGCCGGUCCGCAACCGGAAAACAGGAGUCGGGCUCCACGCGGCCGGAGGGGUGCCCUGCCUCCUGGAACCGUCACCGCAAGGAGCCAGAGUCCCGGGCGACCCAGGCUCAGGUCAAAAACGUGGCCAGCGACGACAACAACGACACCCAUGCGGUCCGCCACCGUGGAAAGGCGGUCCAUGAAGAACCACUAGGAGCGGGUGAGCUGGACCUUGGCGCGAUCCUCGUUGCGGGGUUCAUGUGCGAGAAAGAGAUGAAAAUUGCAACCAG